CUACAGUCUUUCCAUAGCGUUCCAGGCAAUUUGGUCUCAUCUGAGGUUUUUUGUACAUAGUUCUUUAAUAAAUUAUUACCUUUUUGGUUUUAAAAUUUUACAUUUUUAAGUGAUCAGUGAUAGCCUUUCAUGAAAAUUCAGUUCGUCUGAGUUUCUUAAUUGUGUUUUUUUUAAUUUUUGCAUUUUUACAUAAAAGUGAUCAAAGUGAAGAUGAAUAAUUUUCGAAAUGGGGCCCCUUUCAAAACGGGGGUGGCAUUAUUUCUCAUAAUUUUGGGAUGGGGAUUUGAACUUGGGAGUGUUGAAGGCCGGAAUAUUUUGGCCGUGGAGUUUUUCGGGAGUAAAAGCCAUGUAAUUACGUAUCUUCCCCUGCUCGAGGAAUUAGCAAGGAAAGGAGACAAGGUGACACUCCUCAGCCCGUCCAAAGGUCUCACUAAAGAGCCCAACAUCACGGAAAUCUUCGGCAUUAACAGCGACGCCAUGUGGAAGGAGUAUAAUCUCGAUUUAUUCGCUAUGAAGGAACGAAACGAAGAAAUGAACCCUUGGACCCUGUUGACCCAAAUUGUACCGAAAGGAUGUCGUGAAAUCUACGAACGCCCCGAAGUCAAAGCGCUAUAUGACAUCGAUUUCGACUUGAUCCUCCUCCAGCCGCUCUUUAACGACUGCGCGCUCGGAUUUAUUCACAAAAUCAUGACGAAAUCUAACGCGACCACGCCGCCGCUCGUUCUAUUUUUGCCACUGAGCGCGCCGAAUUUUGUGGUAUCAAAGCUUGGCGGGUAUCAUCCGAGUUCCUUCGUUUCGAACACUUUUGUAAAUUUCGGGGAUGACAUGACGUUUUACGAGAGGUUUUUAAAUUUUGGGAUUAACAUAAUGUUCGACGCGGCCUAUACGUAUUAUUAUUUGCCCGUGAUGGAGGAGCUGUACAGGGAGAAGGUCGGGAGUGAGACGCCCGGAUCGGGGGAGAUUUUGGGGAAAGCGUCGAUGAUUUUGUCCAAUGGGCAUUUUGCGUUGGCUCGGCCGAAACCGAAUCUUCCGGAUGUCGUGGAUGUGGGUGGGAUUCAUUCUAGGAAGGCGAAACCUCUGCCGAAGGAUUUGGAAGACUUCAUCGCCUCCUCAGGUGACGCGGGUUUCAUCCUCUUCUCCCUCGGGACUAAUCUCGUCGCGAGUAAAAUGGCCCCAGAAAAACGUGCCAUUUUUCUCAACGUGUUUGGUCGUUUGAAGCAGAAAGUGAUUUGGAAGUAUGAAACGGACGAUGUUUCGAACGUGCCUAAGAACGUGCUUCUGAGCAAAUGGUUGCCCCAGCAGGACCUCCUCGGGCACGGGAAGAUCCGUCUGUUCAUGACGCACUGCGGGGGUGGGGGGACGGAGGAGGCCAUCUUCCACGGGGUGCCCCUCCUGGGGAUGCCCUUCUUCGGAGACCAGCCCCUCAACGCGCAGGCCGCCGAGAAGCACGGCUACCUCGUCAGGCUCGACUGGAACGAUUUGACGGAAGAAAGCCUCACCAAAGCGAUCAAUGAAGUCAUCAAUAAUCCAAAAUAUCGUGAAAACGUGCACCGAUUGUCGACCGUUUUUCGUGACCAGAUCGAUAAUCCGUUAGAUAGGGGCAUGUUUUGGUUGGAGUACGUCAUGCGACACAAAGGUGCGCCACAAUUGCGGUCACCGGCGCGAAAUCUGUCUUCAAUUCAGUACCACUCCCUCGACGUGAUUGCUGCCUAUUUGGCCAUCAUUUUAGGAACCCUGUUCGCCAUUUACGCGAUCCUGAGGAGAAUUUACACUUGGUGCGUGGUAAAAAUUUCGGGAAACUCGUAUAAACAAAAAACUAGUUAAAAAAUAGGAUAAAUUGUUAGCUUUAUUUCGUUCCUGUACAAAUUUAUAAUUUAGAAAUUUGAAAUAAAUAAAUAAAUUUUGGAAAAGAUUAUAAAAACA